GCGGAAUCUUCCUCCGUAAUAAGAAGCGACGUGUCCCCGCGUCCGCGGUCCUGGCUCCGUGGGUCCGGUCGGAUCGGGCCUGGGCGUUGGACCUGCUGUGGCAUCCGCCGCGGCGGGUGCGAUGGAGGCCAUGCUGGAGCCCAGCACUCACGCCGGGGGAGGCCGAGACAGCCGACGGUGCUAGUAGAUGAGGCGGCGGUGGCGGUGGCAGCCCGGGUUCUCCAUGAGCAAGCGGCGGCGGCGACGGGUGCGGCGGCACCGGCGGUUUUCGGUCCCCCGGGAGGAUGAAGACACUGUUUGAAGAGAUCAAAGCAUCAAUUAAAAAUAACUAUAACCAAGAUCGAUCAUUUUGGAGGCCUGUUCUUCCUUGGGGAGGUGUUUUUACUAUCAAAGCUGGCCGCAAAGCAGUAUCCUGUACACCACUCUAUGUUGAAAUAAGACUGAAAAAUACCUGCACCAUAGAUGGAUUCUUGAUGUUACUCUAUGUCAUUCUUAAUGAAAAUGAAAAUUUCCCCAGGGAACUCUCUCUUCAUUUUGGUAGAGAGUUUGUAGACUGUUUUCUUUAUUUAAUGGACACCUACAGUUUUACAACUGUGAAGCUACUUUGGAUUUGGGACAAGAUGGAAAAACAGCAAUACAAAUCUGAAGUUCACAAAGCUUCAUUAAUAAUUGAUUUGUUUGGGAAUGAGCAUGACAAUUUUACAAAAAAUCUCGAAAAUCUCAUGUCUACCAUUCAAGAGAGUUACUGUUCCAACUGGCGAUGCCCAACUCGAGUGCAAGAAGAUCAGCAGCGCACAAUUAGUAUAAAUCCUCCCCAAGAAAUUCCACAUGGAAACUUGAUACGACUGGCUGUGGAUGAGUUAUUCUGUUCUAAGAUUGAACUGUGUGAAGAGCUGGGGUGUGGCGGCCUAAGAGAAUUUUCCCAACGAGUUUUUUGCCACGGGGCACCCCCUUUUGUUGUUUUAAAUAUGCAGCAUUGGAAAUCUGAAGAUCUGGCAUAUGUACCCUAUUACUUGGAUUUAUCUGAUCACAAGUAUUUGUUGGAAGGUGCCACACUCUUUAAUAAAGAGGAACAUCAUUAUUCUGCAGCUUUCCAGAUUGAUGGACAUUGGAUGCACUAUGAUGGCCUCAGAAAUGUGAAUUUAAUUUUGUUAAAUAAACCCCCAGAGUUUCUCCUCUUGUCAUCAUUGGUUUAUAUUCGAGCAGCAGAGAAAUAAAUAUAGAUUGAUGCUAAAUUAAAUUGUUUUCCCGCCUGCCCAUGCUCCCCUAGAUGAAGGGCUUUUAUGUUGUGUAUACUUGGUAUCCAAGGAAACAGUUCAACUAUACUAGUUUCAGAGGGUAUGUUCCAGUGUUUAGCCCCAGGUAAAUAUUUUAUAUAGAAGAUCUAUGCAAAAAUGUUUGUAUUUCUUUUUUAUAAUUCCUGGGUUACUUUUAUAUAAUCAUAUUUUAUGUUGAAAUAAAAUAUAUCUUGUG